CUGGUUCCAGAUAAGAUUGAAGAUGAGUUGGAGAUGACCAUGGUUUGCCAUCGGCCUGAGGGGCUGGAGCAGCUUGAGGCCCAGACCAACUUCACCAAGAGGGAACUUCAAGUCCUUUAUCGAGGCUUCAAAAACGAGUGCCCCAGCGGUGUGGUCAACGAGGAAACCUUCAAGCAGAUCUACGCUCAGUUUUUCCCUCAUGGAGAUGCCAGCACAUAUGCCCAUUACCUCUUCCAUGCCUUCGACACCACCCAGACAGGCUCCGUGAAGUUCGAGGACUUUGUAACCGCUCUGUCGAUUUUAUUGAGAGGAACUGUUCAUGAGAAACUAAGGUGGACAUUUAAUUUGUAUGACAUCAAUAAAGAUGGAUACAUAAACAAAGAGGAGAUGAUGGACAUUGUCAAAGCCAUCUAUGACAUGAUGGGGAAAUACACAUAUCCUGUGCUCAAAGAAGAUACUCCAAGGCAGCACGUGGACGUCUUCUUCCAAAAAAUGGACAAAAAUAAAGACGGCAUUGUGACUUUAGACGAAUUUCUCGAAUCCUGUCAGGAGGAUGACAACAUCAUGAGGUCCCUCCAGCUGUUCCAAAAUGUCAUGUAACUGUGGACAUAGCCACCCGGCUCUCAGAGACAUUGUACUAAACAACCACCUUAACACCUUGAUCUGCCCUUGUUCUGAUUUUACACACCGACUCUUGGGACAGAAACGCCUUUUACACUUUGGAAGAAUUCUCUGCUGAAGACUUUCUAUGGAACCCAGCAUCACGUGGCUCAGUCUCUGAUGGCCAGCUCUUCCUCCUCCCUCUUCUUGAGAGAGACAAGAUGAAAUUGGGUUUGUUUUGGAAGCAUGCUCAUCUCUUCACACUGCUGCCCUAUGGAAGGUCCCUCUGCUCGAGCUUAAACAGUAGUGCACACUUUUCUGCUUGCGUGCCCCAGCCCACUGCCUCCAAGUCCAGCAGACCUUGAUGUAUCUGGAAGCAAGAUGACCUGAGCCAAAUGCACACCACUCUCUGAUGGCCUCCCAAACCAAUGUGCCUGUUGCCCUUCCUUUGGCGGGAAGAAUGAGCAUUAUACAGAACGAUAAGAAUCUACCAUGACUAGGUUGGGAGAGUCAGCAGCUAACAUAUGUGAGACAGGACUGAAUUGUUAAGCAUGGCAUUGUCUGAUGAUCCAGACUGCCCACGUCCUUUGUUUCCAGAGGCAAGGACCAACAAUGCUCUCUCACACUAGCAUCUGUGCUGGUAGUCCAAGUCCCUUAACAUGCCCAGGAAAGGAGCCAAGGCCCAGGGGCCCACGCCUCCUCUCCAUCUCCUGCUAGAGCUCAGCGCUGCAUGUCCCUCCCAGAAAGCCCAGAAUGCCUGCAAAUUGCUGUAAUUUUAUACCAUGUUCUAAUCAAUAAACAGAACUAUUUCUUACACUCU